CCGAAAGUCCGAGUAACAUUAAAGAUGUCGAAACUAUUCGUUCUGUUGUCGCUCGCUUACCUCGUCCAGGACAUCUCCGGCCACGGGAUGAUGCUGGUUCCUCCGGGAAGGAGCUCCAUGUGGAGGUUCAGAUAUCCCAUCGAAGCGAAUUACCAGGACAACCAACUCUUCUGCGGCGGAGCCUACGUUCAAAACGAAUUGAACGGCGGUAAAUGCGGCGUGUGCGGGGACAGCUACACCGACGCUCAUCCUCAGGAAAACGAGAAUACCGGAAGAUACGGCAAAGGAAUCGUCACCCACACCUACCAACCCGGUGAAGUCAUCGAUGUUGGUGUAGUUUUGACGGCUAAUCACCUGGGAACUUUCACUUACAGUCUGUGUCCCAUACCCGAUGUCAACGCUCCUGAGCCGGAAUCCUGCUUCGAGAACUUGCUGCUGGAAGACGGAUCCGCCAGCUUCACCGUGACUGCUGAAGACAAGAUCGUUAAGAACAGGGUGAGAUUGCCGAACAUCACCUGCGAAAGGUGCGUUUUGCGUUGGACCUACAGAUGCGGUAACAGCGUGGGCGAAUGCAGCGACGGACAAUGGAGGAUGGGAUGCGGAAUGCAGGAGCAUUUCAGAUCCUGCUCCGAUAUCGCUAUAUUGCCCAACAAACCGGCCGAUGAACGUCCUUUGCCCGAUUUCGAUGUCGUAGCUAGAGGAAUUUAAUUUGGGUCUGUUCAUAAUGAAUUGCAAAUAAAUAUUUGAUCACGCAAUUAUUUUUUUAAUUAACC